AUGCCAAAGAAGAGAUCAUCCAACGGAAGAAACAAGAAGGGUAGAGGACACGUCAAGCCAGUCAGAUGUGUCAACUGCUCCAGAUGUGUCCCUAAGGAUAAGGCCAUCAAGAGAGUCACUAUCAGAAACAUGGUCGAGGCUGCUGCUGUGAGAGAUCUGUCUGAGGCUUCCGUCUACGACGAGUAUCCACUGCCAAAGCUGUACCACAAGCUGGCUUAUUGUGUCUCAUGCGCUAUCCACGCCAGAAUUGUGAGAGUCAGAUCUAGAACCGACAGAAGAAUCAGAACUCCACCAGUCAGACAAAGAUUCAACAGAGAAAGAAGAGUUUCUCCUGCUGACGCUGCUAAGAAGGCCACUGCUUAA